AUGUGGAUUAUUAACUGGUUCUACGACGUCCUCUCAAGCCUCGGCUUGCUCAACAAGCAUGCCAAGCUUCUUUUCCUUGGCCUCGACAAUGCCGGAAAGACCACCCUCCUGCACAUGCUGAAGAACGACCGUGUCGCUAUCCUCCAGCCUACUCUUCACCCCACUUCCGAGGAGCUCGCCAUCGGCAACGUGCGCUUCACCACCUUCGAUCUCGGCGGUCAUCAGCAGGCCCGCCGCCUGUGGAAGGACUACUUCCCCGAAGUCAACGGCAUCGUCUUCCUCGUCGAUGCCAAGGACCACGAGCGGUUCCCCGAGGCCAAGGCCGAGCUCGACGCCCUCUUGUCCAUGGAGGAGCUGGCCAAGGUGCCUUUUGUCAUCCUCGGCAACAAGAUUGACCACCCCGACGCCAUCUCGGAGGAGGAGCUCCGUCACCAGCUCGGCAUGUAUCAGACCACCGGCAAGGGCAAGGUGCCUCUGGAGGGAAUCCGACCUAUCGAGGUCUUCAUGUGCUCCGUUGUCCUCAGACAAGGAUACGGUGACGGUAUCCGGUGGCUCUCGCAGUACGUCUAA